UGAGACUGCAGCCAAAGGUAUGCAUUGAAUGAGAGUCUGAGUGCAUAACAAACCAGACAUUCAAACAUUGGUUCGCCUUUUGUUCACAUAAUUAUCGUUUCAUUGAUUGUCACCGAUUAUCACCUCAUUCUUCACGAUGGCCUCCAUGGCAGCCAACAGAUCCAUAUCGAGACGAAGAGCCAAACGACUCGAAUCACUCAAGAGAAUGGCAAACCUCUUGGACCCGUUGGGUGACUACAGGAAUGAAAUUGAUUUUACAUCUCAAGACCUCCUCAUUACCACCAAUAGGUUGUUGGUAUCACCAGAUAUGACACCAUUAGAGACACAACACUUGGAGUACGUGAGGGGACGGGUGUUGGAGCUCAGAACCCACUUGUUUGGACCACAAGUGGGUGGACAGCCCCCCAUUGCUGGCAACGUACCGGGCCUUCGCCUGGUGUUUGGCGAUUGGUUGCAAACACUAUACGCAUAUAUACGCCAUACGUGUGACCACCACAUCCCCGACGUACUCAAGUAUGUAUUGUAUGCAGAAUAUUGUGUACAGAAUCUAAUCGAUGUAAUGACAGUAUGUGUGGAGCGCCGGUAG